GUCGGUCGAGUUUGUGGCCCGGCGGUGUUCCCUAUGUCAUAGAUUCUGCCUUCUCGGCGGAUAAUGCCUCUUACAUCGUAAAGAAAAUGUGCGCGAUUUCUCAGAAGACAUGCGUGACGUUUUAUCCAAGGACAACAGAGACCGAUUACGUGAAGAUAGUCAACCAGCUUGGUUGCUGGUCCUUUGUGGGAAGACAGGGCGGGCGGCAGUUAUUAUCGCUGCAAAUAGCCGGUGCCAACAAUCGAACAUGUCUGACGGGGACAGUGGUUGAGCAUGAGCUCAUGCACACUCUGGGAUUUGUUCAUGAGCAAUCCCGUUUGGACCGCGAUACAUACAUCGAUAUCGACCUUAACAACGUUGACCCUGCUUUUCAAAACAAUUUUCUCAAAUAUAACCGGAAGUUUGUGGUGGAUGUGCCGUAUGAUACCACAUCGAUCAUGCAUUACAAUAGCGAAGCAUUUGCACUCAAUCUCAGUUUACCGGUGAUUACGCGAAAAAACAACGCCUCAGCAAGGAUCAGCGCCGCGGAGAUUGUUAGCGAUCUGGAUUAUGAGAAGAUCAGCAGUUUAUACUCAUGCCCGCAAAACACCAGCCUGGUUCUACAGCCUGUAAUACCAGCCGAAACCGUCUACAGUGCUAGCCCCUACACCUCCACAUCUUGUGACCCCGUGGAAGGAAGCGGAAUCAGUCCCCCUCGAGGAACCGACGAUGCCACGCUUACGCCCGAUCCGACUGGAGCAGACACAUGCGUACUUUUUGGAUCUGGUGGGGGAGGUGGACGCGGUUGAGACGUUUUUUAUUCUCAUAAAACUGGAGUGUUAACGUUGUUAUAUAAAAUAUGCCGAUGCAAUAUGUGAUUUAGGGAGCAUAUUGAGCGAUCAAAUAUUC